AAAGCCUUUUUGUCUGUCAUUGGCAUUGAACGACAUUGGUUGCUUAUAAGACUUGAGUGUUGUGUGCGUGAAUUUGAUAUCGUGUUGAUAAGUCCUUGAGGUGCUUGUGUACUGAGAAGAGAUUUAUCGAUAGUAUAAUCAGUUUAUCGAAGACAGCACCGUCAUGCCUGAGGUACGAGUAGAAGAAGCACAGAGGUUUAUGGAGGAGAGUCUGUUGGCUGGAGGGGCGCCGCUAUCGGAGGCUAAGGCACACGCUGACCUUCUGCUCCACGCGGACAUUGUUGGGCACUAUAGCCAUGGCAUGAACAGACUUGAGCUAUACAUAAACGAUAUGAAGUCAGGUGUCUGCAAUCCACACGCGGAACAGAUAAUCCUGAAGGAAACUGCUGCGACCGCAUGGGUGGACGGCUGUGAUGGUCUGGGAGCCACCGUUGGAAACUUCUGCAUGGACUUAGCCAUCAAAAAGGCCAAGGAGUUCGGAGUUGGAUGGGUUGCUGUAAAACGUUGCAACCACAACGGCAUGGCUGGCUACUGGGCACUGAAAGCCGAGAAGGAAGGUCUUAUAGGCAUGUCGUUUACGAACUCUGCACCCAUCAUGGUCCCUACAAGAUCGAAGCAGAGAGCUUGUGGCACAAACCCAAUUUCAUUGGCCGCACCUGCGACCGGUGGUGAUUCUAUUGUUGUUGAUCUGGCGACCACUACUGCUGCUAUGGGAAAGGUCGAGAUGCAAGUACGUAAAGGUGAACCGCUACCCGAAGGAUGGGCUUUAGGUCCGGAUUGCAAACCAACUACAGAUCCACAGUUGGCGUUUGAAACUGGCCACCUUUUACCUUUGGGCGGUUUCGAGAAAACCAGCGGAUAUAAGGGAUACUGCCUCAGUGCUAUGGUAGAAGUGUUAUGCAGUGGACUUUCUGGAUCCCGUGCAACUCACAACGUACCCCAAUGGUCUCACACACAGACAGAGGCUCCGAACCUAGGGCAGUGUUACGUAGCGGUGGAUCCCGACUGCUUCGCUCCCGGCUUCGGGGAGAGAAUAGCCGAUUGCUUGCAACACUGGAGAAACUUGGAACCGGUUGAUCCAACGCUUCCCGUGCUUGCACCAGGGGACAAGGAAAAAAAGAAUGCGAAGAUCACAAAUGCAAGAGGCACCAUAAUGUAUCCACAGUCACAGUUAGAUUCCGCGCAAAUCUUUGCCGAAAGAAUCGGCAUACGACCUCUGGAAGCUGUUAAAGCAUGAACAAGUGAAAGGUUCAUAUUCACCGUCCUAUAAAAUAAUUAAUUAAAGCAGUAUUUCUAUAAAUAAAAUUUGUUUCUUUAUUAU